CGUUUAUUGUUGCGCGUUUGUUGUGACCACCACCGCUCCUAGCAACGAAAGAGAAGCCGUAGUCAUAGUCACCAUGAACGCCUUUUUCCAUCAACAAUUCAGGUGAACGAUAAAAUUAACAAAUAAGCAUAUAUAAAUACAGUUAAAAUGCUUACUUUGUACGCAUUUGACCGGCGUACUCUGACGUUCCGUCCGCAUCAAGACUUAUGAAACACGUAUUCUGCGAGCCGUCGAAAAAUUGAACAGUUUAGGUAAUUUCAUGGCGACUUCAGUAAGAAGCGGAAUCAAAUUAGAAGGUUCAGCAGGUACUGGCUCCCAACUUAGUACCAUAACUGUGGUAACUGCUGGUGGAGUUGGUCAAACACUUGUUGUACAGCCAGUUCAACAAACUUCAGUUGUACGUACCUCAAUUGACCCGAAUGUCAAUAGUAAUAGGCAAUUAGAAAAUGCCAUAUUGUGUGGUACAAGUCCGGUUCAUGAUGACGGAUCUGAUAAAUCAAUGGAUGAUGAUGAACAUCACAUUGAUCAUAAAGAUCGAAGUGCUUCUACUGUUACUGUUGAUAAUAGUCAUUAUAUUGUGGCAGCAUCAGAAGGGACUCAAGGACGAUCUUAUACCUCCCUUACACCAGUACCAACAUUGGUUCCUGAAGCAGAUGGUGUUGGUUCUGAUGAUGUUGGUCAUUCUACCUAUGUACAAUAUGUCGAAGGAACUGGCGAGCAAGCAAUUUUUACUAAUGGCCAAAUGGCAUAUCCAGUUUAUACUGUGGGUGAGACUGGAACGAUGUAUCAGACUGGUCAAACCCAUUAUUAUACUCCAAGCACAAAUUCUUACUCUCAAGUUACAAAUACUUUAGGCCAACCAACAUGCCAAGCUCAAAUUAUUGGUAAUGCUGCAUAUAUUAUUCAACAGAAUGUUGACAAUGAUCAUACUAUUAUUGCUACCACCCAAAGAGAGAGCCCAAAUUCUGCUAUAUCCUCGGACGUGUCUUAUCUUACAGUAAAUGCUACGGAUUCUGGCACAACAAAUGCUAGUAUAGAUCAGAUAAAUGGUGUUGAAUCUGACGGAGGAAUGCAAAACUCUGGUCUUAUGCAUGCUAAUAGAAUUUCUCCAGCAACUGUCAAUUGGCUGAUGGAAAAUUAUGAAAUGGCUGAAGGUGUAUCUUUACCACGAUCAACACUAUAUAAUCAUUAUUUAACACAUUGUUCUGAAACUAAGAUUGAUCCUGUAAAUGCAGCAUCAUUUGGUAAAUUAAUACGAUCUGUAUUUAUGGGAUUACGAACUAGGCGUUUAGGAACUCGAGGAAAUUCCAAGUAUCAUUAUUAUGGUAUUAGAAUUAAGGCUAGUUCAUUGUUAAAUGAUUUUUCUACUGAAGAGAGCCUACCUGGUCGAACAAAUCAAAGUAGUAGUUCUAAAAAAAUUAAGUUCAUAAAAACGGAAGAACGUAACUGUAAUCAGUACACUACUAAUAGUUCAGAUUCUGCUAAUUGUUCUCAAAAUAGUAUUCCAUCAUCUCCUCAAGCACAAAAUCAAGAAUACUUAGGUGAUGGGGCCAAUGCCGUACCGGAAUUUCCUGAUAUUAUAGUGGAUGAAAUACAAUUAGAUGAUAAUUGUACUUUUGAAGAUGUAGAUACAUUUAAAAAUUUGUAUCGGGAACAUUAUGAAGCGUUUUUAGGUGCUAUAUUAAAUUUGGAAUUUGGUACUGUUGAAUCACUUUGGCGAGAAUUUUGGCGUAGUCAAGAUAACAAUAAUGAUGAAUGUGAAGAGGAAAAGUAUCUAUCUAAAGAAAAAUUGUACUCGUUGUCAAAAUGUAAAACUUUACAACUAUUUGUAAAAACGGUUGACUUUCUAUUUUAUCAAAACUUGGUGAAAGUAUUAAUUCCAGAUGUUCUUCGACCUGUUCCUGGAACAUUAACACAAGCUAUUAGAAAUUUUUCUAAAGGUUUGGAGUCUUGGCUUACAUCUGCAAUGCAAGGAUGUCCAGAAGAAAUGAUCUCAAUAAAAGUGACUGCUGUUAGCGCAUUUGCACAAACCUUACGUAGAUACACUUCACUUAAUCAUCUUGCCCAAGCAGCGAGAGCAGUUCUUCAAAAUUAUACUCAAAUUAAUCAAAUGCUUACUGAUUUAAAUCGUGUAGACUUCCGUAAUGUACAAGAACAAGCUUCAUGGGUAUGCCAAUGUGACUCAACAUUAGUACAACAAUUGGAGGCAGAUUUUAAACAUACAUUACAACAACAAAAUUCCUUAGAAGAAUGGGCAACAUGGUUAAAAAGUGUUGUUGAUAACUGUUUGAAACAAUAUCGUGAUACACCUAAUUUCACCAAAGAAGCUAGGCAGUUUUUACUAAAAUGGUCAUUUUAUAGUUCAAUGGUAAUACGUGAUUUGACUUUGCGUUCAGCAGCUAGUUUUGGUUCAUUUCAUCUUAUACGUCUGCUAUAUGAUGAAUACAUGUUUUAUUUAAUUGAACAUGAGGUGGCUCUUGUCACAGGAGAAACACCUAUUGCAGUUAUGGGAUCAGGAGAUAAAACUAUACCUACUACUGUUUUGAUUGAUUACGAAUCAACAGAGUACACAACUAACUGCAAUGGAAAGCGCAUGAAAAUAAACUAGUCACCAUGUCAUUAGAAAUUCUUCAUUUUUGGGCACUUAAUCACAUAAAAAAGUUUAGUUAUUGUAUGAAUCCAUUGUUUAUUUUAUUUUAUUUUGUUUGUUAUUGUGUGCACUGCAAUUUAUUAUUUUUUAUGUU